AUGGAGUCUGCGGAGGGCGAAAAUGCCACGGAGGAGACUUCUCGUCGGAGGAAAAGGCAGCGAGGUAAUUCCAACCAGAAAAAAGUCUCCGGAGAGGAGGAGCUGAGGGCGAGAAACCUGAAGAUUCUCCAAGAGAAGCCGGCUGUAGAGAAAUGUCUGGAGGACUUGGUCUUUGGUGGCGAGGAUGAAUUUGUGGAACGGCUUAUGGGCGAUGCAAAGACCAGACCUGAUGCCAGUGCAGAUCUUCUGGAGAGUGACUCCGACGAUGAACACCUAAAGGAAACCGUAUCAGCCAAGAAGCCAGCUUGGGUUGAUGAAGAUGAUGAGCUGGAUGAAAGCGUCGAGAUGACCCAUCGUUAUCGGAAAGACAUCAUGAAGAGUCAAGCGGAGAAGACACUUAGCCAAAAAAAGCUUCACACAAGACUCCAAGAAGAGUUCCAGAAGGCAAUGGGCGGUGUUCCUUCAUGGGCGUCCACUGACUCCAAGAAAAGAGUUUCCAAAGAAGAUGACGAUGACAGCGAAGAUGAGGAUGAAGAUAACUUGCUGCGUAAAACUGGAAAUUUGUUGGCGAAGUCCACUUCACUUCUGAAGGGUGUCCUGGAGAUGAAGCCAUGCUUGAAUGCUAAUCAUGAACGUCCGUGUACAGGGCCACUCACAACAGUACAGUUUCAUCCUUCUGCACAAGUUGUAAUGACGGCCGGCCUUGAUCGAUCAGUGUCGCUGUUUCAGGUUGAUGGCAAAUUAAAUCCCAAGAUACAAAGCAUCUAUUUGGAAAGAUUUCCGGUUUUCAAGGCUCGGUUUAGCACUGAUGGGGAACAAGUGAUCGCCACUGGGCUGCGGCAAAAAAUGUUUUACGUCUACGACAUGAUAGGAGGCGGCAUUAUACCUGUACCUAGAAUAAGAGGCUUGGAGGAAAAAUGCGUUCAAGAGUUUGAAGUGUCUCCAAAUGGAGCAUACCUGCUGCUUAAUGGGUCUUCCGGCUAUAUACAUCUACUGUCUAUGAAGACUAAAGAGCUGAUUGGAAGUAUGAAGAUGAACGCAUCAGCUGUAAAAGCUUCCUUCACAGCAGACAGCAGUAAAAUCUUCUCAAGUUCAAGUGACGGCGACGUGUAUGUUUGGGAUGUGAAAAGCAGACGCUGCCUCAACCGGUUUCAGGAUGAUGGUAGCUUGUGCGAAACGUCUUUGGCACUGUCAAAGGAUGGGCGCUAUGUCUCUUGUGGCUCCAGCUCCGGGGUGGUGAACAUAUACAACUUCGAUGACUGUCUGCAAGCCAAAAACCCCAAACCGAUGAAAUCCAUCAUGAAUCUGGUGACAACCGCCUCGUCGCAGGUGUUCAAUCCUCAGACUGAAAUCUUAGCAGUGGCCUCUCACACAAUGGACGAUGCUGUCAAAUUAGUUCACAUUCCCUCCUUCACAGUAUUUGCAAACUUUCCGGUACAAGGCAAGCGGAAAAGGAUUCACCUGGCCCGCUCGAUGGAUUUCUCCCCGCACAGCGGCUUCUUCUCCAUCGCAAACAACAAAGGUGACGCUUUACUGUACAGGUUGAAGCAUUACUCUGAUUUUUAACAACAGAAAUAUAAUGGU